AUGGAAUUUGACGACGACCACGAAGAGCAGGAGGAAGAAGAGGAAGAGGAAGAGGAGGAGGAAGCGGAGGAAAUGGGAUUCUCAGUGGCGGCGCCGAGUUACGACUCCUUGGGAAACGCGAUGGCCAGGUCUAAAAUGAGCAGCGCUGAGGGAGUUCCGGCCACCCUCAAUUCCAGUCGCAAAGCCGGCUCCACGGGGACGGUCAGAUACAGAGAAUGCCAGAAGAAUCAUGCCGUCAGCAUCGGCGGCCACGCGGUCGACGGCUGCUGCGAGUUCUUGGCCGCAGGAGAGGAAGGCACGUUGGAAGCAGUAACUUGCGCCGCCUGUAAUUGCCACCGCAAUUUUCACCGCAAGGAGAUCGACGGCGAAAUCAGCCAUUACCAACCGCGCUCGCAGCCGCAACCGCUGCACUCUCAGUAUCACCACCAAUUCUCUCCUUAUUACUACCGUGCACCACCGCCUUCCGCUGCGGGAUACCUCCACCACCACCUGGUUACCCCUCCGGUAUCGCAGCAUCGGCCUUUGCCGCUACCACCGCUGGCUUCGGGUGGAUUGUUCAGUAGAGAGGAGGAAGACAUGUCAAACCCCAGCUCGAGUGGCGGCGGAGGUGGUGGUUUUGGUGGUGGUAGCGGCAGUGGGACGAAGAAGAGGUUUAGGACAAAAUUCACGCAGGAGCAGAAGGAUAAGAUGCUGGCAUUUGCGGAGAAGCUGGGGUGGAGAAUUCAGAAGCACGACGAAGCUGCUGUGGAACAAUUCUGCGCUGAAACCUGCGUCAAGAGACACGUGCUCAAGGUCUGGAUGCACAAUAAUAAACACACUCUUGCUAAUUCUGAGCAACGUUCAGCGGGGAAUGGAUCGAAUCACUUGAACAGCUCCACCAUAAUUGCCAAUUCUGAACUCUCCUGA